AUGGAAGCAAACAGAGCGCCGCUCUCAGUCUUGCCGCUCAGCAUGAUUCUCCGCUCGCUGGCAACGACAGUGGUCUCCUCUUCUCCCAUUCUUCUGCCGCCCUCGCUGCGCAUCAUGGUGGCGCUGGCUCACGCCCAGUCCCCUAUCCUGAACCCCGAUAGAAACCCCCUUCUGCGGUUCUUCUUGAAAAAGUCCUUUUACGCCCAAUUCUGCGCUGGUGAGAAUGCGGUCGAGGUGCGGCAAACGGUUGGCCGGUUGAAGAACAUUGGCUUCACUGGCGUCAUCCUGGGCUAUGCCAAGGAAGUUGUCUUGGAAAAGUCCGAUGCCAAGGAGUUGACCAUUGCCAAUCUGGGCCAGGAAUCGGCACGCGACAUCGAGAGGGAGAUCAACCCUUGGAGAGAUGGUACCUUGGAGACGGUUCGAUUGGCCGAUCCUGGUGAUUUUGUUGCACUCAAAUUCACCGGUGCUGGCAGCCUAGCCCUCAACCAGCUCAAGAACGGACUUCCGCCUUCUCAGCAUCUCAGUGAAUCCAUUGACGCCAUCUGCCAGCUCGCUCGUGACCGCGGGGUGCGCCUCCUCUUCGACGCCGAACAGGACAUGCUGCAAGACGGCAUCGACGACUGGACUAUGCAAUUCGCUCGCAAGUACAACGACUCUCCAGACACCGCCACCAUCUAUGGUACAUACCAGGCAUACAAGAAGAACUGCCCUGCCGUGGUAUCACGGCACCUGGCCGCUGCGCAAAAAGAGGGCUUCACCCUCGGCAUCAAGCUGGUGCGCGGCGCAUACCUCGGCUCGGAUCCGCGAGAGUGCUUCCACGACACCAAGGAGGAUACAGACGCCUGCUACAACAGCAUCGCCGCCAGCGUCUUGACUAGACAAUGGUCUGCUACCGUUCAGGGCCAGGGCGAGUUUCCCAACGCUCACAUCGUCCUCGCAACUCACAACGUCGAAUCUGUUCGCCGUGCCAGAGCCAUUUGCGAUGCUGGCGGCGCCAAGUCGGACAUUGCAUUCGCCCAGCUCCAGGGCAUGGCGGACGAGGUGAGCUGCGAGCUUGUCGAGGCCAGCCAGUCAGCCCAAAAGGACAAUGCCAACGCUCGGCCGCUGCCCGUUUACAAGUAUCUUGUCUGGGGCACCACUGGAGAGUGCAUGAAGUAUCUCCUGCGCCGCGCUCAAGAGAACAAGGACGCCGUUCAGCGAACGAGAAAUGGAAGAGAUGCCAUGUGGGCUGAGCUGGUUAGGCGAUGCAAGACUGCGGUCGGCAUGGCCUAA